UUCGGCACCAAGUUACGUGGCAUUACCAACAACACAGCUAUGGGACUGAUCAGGGACUUAGUGUUUAUCUUUGUCCUUUUGACAGCUACAGUAUCGGCUCAAGAUGAUUGCUGCUCCAUCUCAAGACAAAGAGCGUUAGAGAGAUUCAGACAAGAUGUAAGGACCAGAGUCAACUCGGCCGUGCCGGUGUUGUUUGAAACGUCCCAGCCGUACAGGGGCAGAAGGUACUACCUGUCCAAGCCGCUGGGUAACGCCGACAUCAACAGGUCCCAGGCCAUGUGUCUGCUGAUUGGAGGCUACCUGGCCGAGAUCGACGACGCCGCUGAGUAUCUGUUCGUGAAGAGCUUCAUUCGAAGAUUUCGAGGCUUCUUCGCGGUCUACACGGGGGGCAACGACGAGAGGUCAGAAGGCACCUGGGUGUACCGCUACAGCGGCAAGCCCGUCACCUACCUGGACUGGACACCUGGACAACCCACCAAUGAUAUUGACGGGGAUUGUUUGAUCUACCUGGACAGAACCGACUGGAAGAUGGACGACUUCCGGUGCAACUACCACGGCGGAAACACCAGGUUCGUCUGCGAAGUUCCGGACAGUUAAAUUUAAAAUAAACAAAUUUGAAAUUUUGUGCCCUGUUAACUGAAACUAAAAAACGUUUUGUUUUUGUUUUUUAAAUGGAAUUUACAAUAACUAAUCAAUGAAGUAUAUGUUUUUUUUAGUUAAAAAAGCCAACUAAUUUCUGUUGUGUU